CUAUCAUUCACCGCCAAGCAGGUGGAGUAUGCUGUUGUGUUUUAAAUUAAAACUGCGAUUGAUUUGAAAAAGAAAGAAAAGAAGAAUAGUAGCCAUUAUGUCUGAAUCAGAUUUAAAUGAAUUUUUGGAUGAAAUUCAAGGAUACAUUGAAAACACACCAAAUUUGUCCAUUCUGAUAAAGAAGCGAUAUGACGAAUGUUCAAAGUCAUACAUUCAUUCAAGUAAAUUUGAGGAUUUUUUACACAUAACACGAGCCAAGAUUGAUAGUGACAAUAGCAGAGUAUUUGUCCAUCUCAGGGAUUUUUUAAAUGAGUUAAAAUCAAAUAAGGCAGAAAAAAAAGCUAGCAAGAAGCGCAAACGCAGAGAAAGUGGCAGUAAUAAUUCAUCCGGGGCACCAAGUCCGAAAUCAAUACGAGAUAACUCCACUGACCAAGAUACAGACGGCAGUGUGGUAGAAAACGAUGAAGCUUUCAGGGAAGUUCUACAUAAUCAACAGCCUAACAGUGUGAGUAAGCCUAGUCUCAAUCACCAGACACCAAAACGCGAAGCAGCCGAAAUCAAGAUUGUAGAGAGUAACACAGACUCGUCAAGAUCAAUAGAGAAUAGAGAUUGUGAAUCGUUAAGUCAGAAAGGCAGCAAUGAGGUGUCGGACACGGAGGAAGUUAAAAAUCAUGAGUCCAACAUGGAGACGGAUAUAAAUCAGGAGUCCAAUGUGGAGACGGAUAUAAAUCAGGAGUCCAUUGUGGAGACAGAUAGAAAUCAGGAGUCCAAUGUGGAGACAGAUAGAAAUCAGGAGUCCAAUGUGGAGACAGAUAGAAAUCAGGAGUCCAAUGUGGAGACAGAUAGAAAUCAGGAGUCCAAUGUGGAGACAGAUAGAAAUCAGGAAUCUCUUGGUAUAACCAGUGUGAAAGAAGAGGCAUCGGCCAUUUCAGAUGGUGAUGGAGGUCUAUGCAUGACAGUGAAAGAUGAAUGUGUUGAUAUAGAUCCUCAAAGUAAAAUUGAAAAUGUAGACAAAUCUAAAGAAAAUUCAGAUGUAAGUGGUGGCUUUGUUAGUGACUCUAACAUUGAUUGCAUCACAAUUGAUGAUGAUGAUGAUGAUGAUGAUGAUGAUGACAAUCAGAACGAUGAUGAUAAACUGGUAAUAAAAGAACCCACUAAAGAAAUGAAAACUGAAGAUAUUCGUGAAUUACAUAAAGAAAAAGAUGCGAUUGAUAGCCCCAAAACAGUGAAAUGUGAACAUUCCAAUGAUGAAAAUGAUCAGGGAGGAAAAACAUCAUGUACAUUAAAAGAGAAAGAAAAAGAUAAUUCAGUUGAAGUGGAAAGUAAGGCAGAAAUUUGUGAUGCUGAAGUUGAAAGUAAAGCAGAAAUUUGUGAAGCUGAAGUUGAAAGUAAAGCAGAAAUUUGUGAUGCUGAAGUUGAAAGUAAAGCAGAAAUUUGUGAUGCUGAAGUUGAAAGUAAAGCAGAAAUUUGUGAUGCUGAAGUUGAAAGUAAGACUGAAAUUCUAGAUGCCGUUGUUGAAAGUAAGGCAGAAUUUUGUGAUGAUGCAGUUGAAAGUAAAGCAGAAAUUCCUGAUGCUGUAGUUGAAAGUAAGGCAGAAAUUUGUGAUGAAGAUGAAAAGAAAAGUGUCAAUAAGACUUCUGAAACUGUACGUGAAGAUUUGGCAAAAGGUAAAAACUAUGUUGAAACAAAACAAAUUGAAAACCAACAAACAUAUAGUUCAAGCAAGUUUGCAGAAGUUGGACAAGAAGACAACAAAAAUGAGACUGCUCACACUGUAACUGAUGAAGGAACUUCGUCAAAGUCGACACUACCACUGGCAAACAAGUCCUCAGAACCCAACAAAAAGGGUUCCCAACGUCAGAUACGUCGCCUGGAAAACCUACUGGAGGACAUUCGUAAUAAGAUAGAAGAACUGAAAAAUGCAGAUCUGUCGCUGGAUGCCCUGGGAGAUGAGGACUCUGUGUACAUUCAGGAGGACCGCUACCAGCACAAAUUUGUCAAGGUGUGGAGGAAGUUGUGCGAGCUGAAAGGUGCCGAGUCCACCACAGGUCGUCCUAUUGAGAGGAGAUUCUUCUACAAGGGGACAAGGUAUCCAGAAGUGAACAGGAAGCUGGAGAAAUUUGUGAACAAGCACAAGAUAUUCCCAGAUUUCCAUGAUGUCCAAAAGGUUAUUAGAGACACCAGCAAACAGAAGAAGCUAGGUUUGAGUGGGCCAGCUGUAGACAGAUUGGCGAGGGAGGCUUUCCAGGACAUUGGCGACCUACUACAGAAAAGGCGAAUCAGUGACCUUAGAAAGACAUCUUUGGGACACCUCCAGGAUGAACAGGGGUUGAGGGAAGACCCUGCUUCAAAAGACCCAGACUUAAAGAAGAAGCUGGAUGAAAACAGAAAAGUUGGAAAAGGCAAACUUGAUGAGGUCUUGGAGAAGUUUUGUAAAUGGCAGGAGGAAACUCCCGAGGAUGAGAAUGUGGACAAAAAGUCUGAGGAAGAUGAAGAAGACAAAGAAGAAAUGGAAAUGUUCGUAAAGGAUGAUGUUCCAGAAAUGAUAGCAAUUCUCAAUGACAGUGAUGAAGAGACCUCAUCAUCACCAGUCAAGGCAACAACAGAUGGCAGCUCCUCAUCAGUAUCCUUCCUGUCUGAUAAUGUCUCACCUAGACAGUUAUCUUCUCCAGCCUCGGUGCUGAGGUGUAAAGAUAUGAUGGCAGUGUCUCCACGUUCAUCACCCUGUUCUUCACAAGUAUCUAGAAAGCUAUCAUCUAGUUCACUGAGCUCCGACAGCUCACCAAAUCCUGAAUCACCAUAUGUGGCUAAUUCACCUCCAGACUCGCCUGCUGACGACGGGGAAAUCAGUGAUCAUCACCUACAAAAAAAAUCAGGGACUCUUCUUAGUAUAGAAGAUUACAUGGACCAUAUGCCUGUGUUACCUAAGGUACCAAUCUCUUCUGAUCUGACGAAUGACAAGUCUCCGUCUGAUGACUAUUCACUCAAAAUAUCCAACAUACGAUCAAUAAGUGGAGGUAAUAGUUCUGGGGAGGAGGGAGAGGUGACUUCUGUCAAUUCUCAUAAGAAAGGUGUUAAACGCCAUCUCAAAAUGCCAAUUGAAAAUAGCACCAGUGGAUUUACUAAGCACAGAAAUCGUGAGCGAUCACCUCUCUCAGACAGUAACAUCAGUGACGGUUGUGGGGGCAAGCUUAAUUCCUCUAAAGUUUCUAAUCCGUCCUCUUCACAUGUACAACGCUCCAUUAUGUUCAGGAACUCACGUAAAAAUUUGUCUCUCAAACCAUUAAAUAGGGGUACGACAGUGAUCGACCUGGCUAAUGAGGAUGAAAUAUUGUCCAAACCUAUGCCCCAGAGAAAGAAACAACGCAUGGCGUCAUGUAGUCCUGAAGAAGUCAUAAUAGUUUUAUCAGAUUCCGACUGACAUCAUUGUCAAGAGAUUUUUAGCUCACCUGCUCGAUUGAUAAGUGAGCUUAUGCCAUGAUGCAGCGUCCGUCCAGCGUAAACUUUUCCCUAUAAACAAUAACUAAUUGAUCCUGUAGCAUGCUAGAGUGAAUCAUUGACCUAAUUUCAAGAUCACAAGGUAAAAUAAGCUAAAAGAUUUUAACAGCUUCUUGUUUAUUACGAACAAAAUUCAGAGACCUGAUAUUGGACCUGUAGCAUGCUGGAGUGAAGGGCAACCAGACUACCAAGCUUGUUCAAAUGAAUAACCUUGACCUUAGACAAGUUCAUGGGGGUCGAGUUUGCUAAACUCUUUUAAUGACAACUACUCAAAAAUCAAGGGACCUAAAAACUUGAAUUGGGCCUGUAAAAGGUUUUAAAAUCAUCUAGCGAUUUCUCAUUUACCUGAAGCCCUUGGGUCAGGAUAAUGGGCAAGUAGCAUUCUCAGAUGGAAGGCUGCCAAGUUUAGAUUAAAUGAUUGACAUUGACCUAAUUACAAGGUAGCAGAGAUCAAAUGUUAAAAACUUUGAAUGAAUUUCUCUCAAUAACCAUGAGGCUGAGGGUCAUAUUGGGUCAGUAGCAUGCUAGGAUAAAGGGUCAAGGUCUCAGGGUCAAAUGUACUGAAAUACUUAGUUCUGAAUGCCAAAAUUCCAGGGUGUGAUAUUAGAUAAGUAACAUUUACUGAGGAGUUCAUUCACAUGAAUUUAACCUUCCCGUCUUCACUUCAUAAGAUGCAGAACACUUAAGUGAUACAGGCUCAUUGGGCCUCUUGUUGAUCAUAAGCUUUAGACUCACUCAAUUUAAAGUAUGUGUUAUCUUACUGAAUAUGUGAUUAUUUUAACAUGAUGUAUGAACUUAAAUAUAUUUUUAUAUGAAACUUUGACAGAGUUAUACCAGUUAUUAUCAAUCAUAAUUUUAAAAUCAUGUGUUUGGCAUGAUAAAUCAAUUUUUGAAUUAAAAUGAUUGUACAUAUGUCUGGAAAAUGUGUAUAUAAAGUAUUGUAGUAAAACAUUGUACAGCUAAAUUAUUGAUUAAUGAGAGCUGGUUAAAUGGCCACUGUCAGUGAAUGAGUGAUGUUUGUUGAGAUUGUCGUUAUUGUAAUAAAUGUUUUUCAGUUGUAACUGCCAUAAGAAGACUAGUAAUUGCCAUGACAAUCGGUGAUGAUAUUCAUGAUGAUUUGUACAUUAGUUUUAUUCUCAAUACUCCAGGGAUUACUUUCAGUUUGGUUCUCUUUCACCCUGAUUAGAAUCUGUUAUGGUAAAAUUAAAAGCUCUGCAUCUGUUCAACUACUAUUUCUGAUGCAUAGCUCCAAAAUUGUUUAGAAUAAUUUCACGAAACCUGGUACAUGCAUUGAUCUAGUUGUGCCUGAUGGUAUGGAGUGAUUUGCAUUUUGCAUAAUUUUCCUGUUACCAUGGUACCAAGUAAUCAAAAACUUAAAUAUAUUCUUUUAUUUAUUGACAGAGUUAUUGCCCUUCAAUUUUUUUAUGUCUGGAGCAUAACAAUACAUGUUUGUAACAUUUAAACACGCCACUUCCUCCUAUUCUUCUCCAUUAUAACAUCUUUUUACAGAUAUGUGUCAUUCAUAUGACUAAAUUCAAAACUGACAGACAGGAAAAGCCUUCAGUUAAGUUGUUUUCGGGGAGCAUUCAUUAGUUGAUUCAGUUCCACUGAUACUCCUGUUACAAAAGUUUUUAGCCUUUAUUUAUUUCAGAAUUUGACUUUUCUCCAUAUAUCUCCUUCAACUUUUUUCUAUUGAUUUCUUUAAAACUUAGUAAGUUUUUUAAUCAUGAUAUAAAUUUGGUGUUUCCCUCCCAGACAAUUUUUGUAAGGAUAUUGUAAAAUUAUUACAUAAAUAUUUGUUCGGGAUAUUGAAUUGUUCUCUUAAAAGUCAUUAUAUAAUCUAAAACAUUUCAAUAAGAAUGCUAUGUUUACUAUUUUUUAUAGAUUUUCUCCACACUAUAUUUUAAUUAUUGUAUUAUGAGUAAUGGUCUUUGUGGAUCUUCCUCUAAUUUUAGACAUAGGUUCCCCAUCUUUUCACAGGGCAAUGAAGAAAAGAGGAAAGAUUAAAAAAGUAUAGGAAAGAUGAGAAAAGAUCAGUCUUAUAUAUAUAUACCCCAUAAAGAUCAUUCAGUGGACAGCAGCAAGAGUCCUGUGGGAUAUCUUGAUCAUGUUGAAGUUAAAAUAUUGUUAUCACUAUUUUUUGAGAAGUACUGAAAGGAUGUUUUUGAAACUUUAUCUUAAAGGUUUCCACAGGUUUUGAUAGGUUUGUGUCCAUUCAUAUCUUAGUUGUACAUGUAUCAGAAAAACAAAUUAGCCAACAGGCAGCCAUUGUGAAUUUUUUUAUCACUAUUCCUUGUGAAGUACUGGAAGAAAACUUCUCAAACUUAAUGAUUCCUUAUUGCGUGUGGUUUUGCGACAGAUCUGAAAAAUAAAAUUGCUGAUACAUGGCCACGUUGGAUAUAAGUUGAAGUCUGGUAUAGCUUUUUCUCAGGAAAUUGAUUGAUCUUUCCCAUAGGUUCCCCCAAUGAUUUAUAGAAAGAGAGGAAAGAUUAAAAGUAAAGAAAAGAUCAGUCUUACAUUGAUUUGAUACAUGUCAUUCAAUAUUGUGUCUCAAGAUCCUUCUUGGAUCACGUGAUCCUUUUCUUUAUUGUUCAUAAUAAGUGUAAUUUUCAAUGGCCUGAACCAUUCUUUGGGGAAUUAAAAAAAAAACGCAAAUAUUUUUUAUUAUGAAAACCUCAUGCAAUAGUGAAAAGAGGCCUACCCUUUAUGACAAGUUAUCAGGAUAAAAUGUUUUUUUUAUAGUUGUUGACUGAGUGCGAGAAAGUAUAUACAUGUAUGAUAAUUUCACUGAUGAUAAAUUGUAAAUAAAUCAGUCAGAACAAA